AUGGCGGAUUCCUAUGUCAAGGUAUCACUCCUACCCAGCGGAUUCCUCACCUUGCCGGAGCACUUUUUCUGCGCCGAUCAAGAUGACAAGAGCGUGCGCAACACAGUGCCGUCCAUGUCGUUUCUCCUACACCAUCCUCGAACCGGAUCCAAUAUUGUCUUUGAUCUUGGACUGAGGCGGAACCUAGAUGACUAUCCUCGCAACAUCCACCCGCACCUGCGCACCCGCCAACCCAUCCACACGGCGCCAGAUGCCGGAGAAUCGCUGAAGAAAGGUGGCUUGAAACCAAGCAAUAUCGAUAUUGUUAUUCUCAGCCAUGUGCACUAUGACCACGUCGGUAACCCGCGGGAUUUUACACGGGCCACGUUCAUUGUGGGAUACGGGACGCGGAAUCUCCUCGAGCACGGCAUGAAGUAUCACUCUGCAGCGCACUUUGAAAAGGAUCUUCUGCCGCCUGAACGAACAAUCGAACUACCAAUCCAGGCCAAGCUGCCCAAUUACCAACCCAAAGUCGCUCCGCAGGCAGCGUCCAGCCCGUCCACCAUUACUCUGGAUGGAUUGGUGCCGGGGGUAUCACACUGCUGGAAGCCGCUGCCGCCGUUUGACAAUGCAAUUGAUCUGUUUGGUGACGCAUCAAUCUUUAUUGUCGACAGCCCAGGCCAUUUGGUUGGGCAUUUAAAUGUGUUUGCUCGGGUUUCGGAGGACAGGUGGGUGUAUCUAGCUGGUGAUGCGUGCCAUCAUUCACGCAUUCUAGACGGGAUGACGGAUAUCGCUACAUGGGAAGAGAAUGGGAUGGUUGUAUGUAUUCAUGCAGACAAAGAGCUGGCCGUUGAUACGGUCGCAAAGAUUAGAAGGUUGAGGAAGGAAGGCUUUCGCGGCGCCAGUGUGGAAGUUGUGCUUAGCCACGAUGCAAAAUGGUAUAAGGAGUAUCAGAAGAGUAUCUUCCCCGCCAAGUUGUAG